AUGGACGACGACCACCACAUCGACGACAAUAGCGGCACGGAGAACGUGCUCACGGACGUGGGCUUCAUGUUCGACGCGUGUCUCGAGCGCGUCACGUGUCGCUACGACUAUGGCGACCGCGCCGACGUGUCCGUGUUGCUCACGUACACGAAAGACGAGCCAGGGGCGCUGCAGAGCGGCCACUACGUCUGGCCAGCAGCUCCGGCGCUCUGCCAGUACCUCGUCCAGCACCGCGCGAGCCUUCCGAGCGGCCCCACUGUCGUGGAAUUGGGCGCUGGCUGUGGCCUCACGGGCCUCGUGGUCGCCCAGCUACGGCCCCAUGCAGUGGUGACGUUCACGGACCACGACCCCGGCGUGCUCAAAGUGAUUGAGCACAAUGUGCAGCAACAGGAGCGCGUGCAGGCCACGUGCUAUACGCAGAGUCUACGGUGGGGACCCGACGGGAUGCAGGAGAUUCAGGCGCUUGUGCACGGGCAGCGUGGACAGCAGACAGGUGGCGGCGAGACGCGGCACACGCAGCUGAUUGUCGCGUCCGACGUGAUUUACGCGCACGAAGUGGUUGCGCUGCUCUUUUGGACGGUCGAUCGACUGCUGUCGACGAGCGGCGUGUGGCUCAUGUGCUCGAGCUUUCGGUACGACGACGCCACCGAGCACGAGAUUGACACGCAGAGCCUCAAGUGGGGCCUCAAGCGGGAGAUCCUCGAGUGCUCGCUGCACGAAGGAGGCACGAGGAUCCAGCGCUUUACGCGCACGUCAAGCAAGUGA